UUCUUGAGUAAGAUAUUUUAUAUUCUAUGAAGCCAUUUGUUUGUAAACAAACAAUAAAUUUCCCGGAGAAACUUGAAUCUUAAAUUUACACCAUUGUUGUGCUGUUUUAUGAUAUUAAAUUUAUUCUGAAUAUCUGGAUUACUGGAUACUCUUGAAAUCCACCUACUAGCACCAGCGGAUUUGAAAAAAAUUCUUAGACGUUUGGCAGUCUUCGUUGGUCUCCUAAAUUAAUGAAAACGAAAAGAGAACCUAAAGUUGAAAAAAAUAGUUGAAUCCCACUUUGAUUUAAUAAUAUUGUGAAAGUCUACCUUAGAAAGAAUAUUAGAUGGAUAAGGGCACCAUCUAUUAGAUGAAGAAAGACCCUGGUUUACACAAAUCAAAAAGAAUAGAUGUCAUUAGUUUCUAUCCAUAACCAUAAGUGCCUUUAAUAGAAAAACCAUAAUUUCCAAUGUUUAUUAUUGGUUAUUAUAAUUGAGCUUUGGGAUAUAAAGGAGUAGUGAACUGAAAUGAGAAGUUGGUCAACAACAAAAUGCCUAAAAAGAGAAAAUCAAAUAAUUGGACCCCAAGAAGAAACAAAAAAAGGAAGCAAGAUGAACCAUCAACAUACCCUAUGUGUAUUGAUGAGGAAGAUAAGACAGAAAUAAAUGACAACUUUGAGAAUCCACAAAAAACAACAGUUGAACCUGCUUUUUUGAAUAUCUUAAGAGGCAGUUGGAAUCAAGAUAAUGACCGAUACAGCUCUUUAUCAAGAAAUCAUCAAUGUACCGCCAUUGCAGCUGUCGCCCUGGCCUAUAAUGCUUUGGUACCUUUCAGCUCUUGGAAUUCAAUUAUCAUAGAUAAUGUUUUAGAUUAUGGUGAUUGUUUAUAUAACAAAUCUGUUUCAUUGAGGGUGUCACGAAAUGUUGACGCUUGCGAAAAUCCUGAUUUGAUGGUUAUCGAAGUGCAUCCUAAAUUCUUAAUCGAUUUGGCCUCUUACUCCUUGAAUAUCCAAGAGGUGGAUACAGUAACAGGACACGUUGGGUUGAAAUGUGAAACGCCUUUUUUUAGUUUAGGCGAUGGAUUAGAACAAGUUUUUCGAAAUUAUCAGUCGGCUAUUUUGACAUGUACAUCAUUAUCUACUUGCAUAAGUAAAUCUUCUAGUUCUUAUUAUCUAUUUGAUUCUCAUAGCAGAGGUAAGAACGGAAAGCAUGUUGAGUAUGGAGGUACCGCUUGUUUGUUAUCAUUUUGUGAUGUCUUUUCUUUGCUUAAAUUUUUGUUGGAUACUUACGAAAGCGAUGCUCUAUAUACUUUAGUUCCUAUAACAGUGAAGAUAAGUUCAAUUUAUGAUUUGACAGAUAUUGACGACUAUUCUGUACUGACUGUUUAUAAUGCAAUACCAUUCUCCCAGAAAUCUUCUCCAAAUUCGGAAUCAAGUAAGCUUGAUCAAUAUUCCACUUCUAAAACAAAAUCUCGUGAUAUGCACAUGAAGCUAACAGAAGUGACAACACAUUAUUUGGGCGAGAUGGAUAAUGUAUGUCCUCAUUGCCAAGCAUUAUUUUUCACCAAUGAAAGCAUGAUCUGCUGUAAAAAAGGUACAAUUCAAUUACCAGAGAAAGGCGUGUAUCCAGAGUUACUGAAGUCUUUAAUCACCGGCUUGCAUCCAAAAUCAAAAGAAUUCAUCAGAUAUAUCCGAAAAUAUAAUGCACUACUUGCACUUGGGUCUACGGUGUUACCUCUGCGAACCGACAUCAAAACUCGCAAUGUACCAUUAGUUGUAUCAGGACAAAUACAUCAUCUCAUGUCCAACAUAGAUCCUUUGGAUAUAAAGUUCGCCUCACUUUAUUUAUUAGACUCCACCGAAGCCAAAAAGAGAAGAGAAAAGAUUGCAAUACAUAUUGGUUGCGAUCCAAAUCUUGUGGAACAAUUAGAUGCACUCUUGCGAGAAACUCACCCAUUUAUCCGAUUGUACCGUUCUUUAGGACUGGUUGUAGAGGAUUUACUGAAGACCGGAGGUAGCGAUGCCAUACCCCAAGUAGGUCUAUAUUUCUGCGAAAAACCUGGUACGAAUAGAAACGUCUACGCGGCACCAACAUCCUCAGAUGAAAUCGGAGCCGUCUUCAGAUCUGUCGAUGGAGAUAUUCCUCCACCCGGACAGAUUCGCAUCUGCUGCAAGGAAACCCCAUCCAUUAACAUUCCCAAAUUAUCCCCAAUUGCCGACCCAUUAUGUUAUCCACUACUAUUUCCAAACGGGGAAUUGGGAUCGUCGAUGGAUUUGGUUCAAUCGGAGAGUAGCAAAACACGAAAAUGUAUUAGCAGUAGGGAGUUCGAUUGCUACCGCUUGAUGAGUCGCUUGGGUCAAAUCAAUCCAAUCUUGCUCUGUGGACAACUCACCCAGCAAUACAUCAUUGAUAAAUAUAUCGCGCUGGAAGGCAACAGAUUAGAAUUUCUGCGUCAAAGUCAAGAAAAACUGCGGGUAGACAAUUAUGUUGGAGUACAAGAUUACCUUGUCCGUAAGAGAACAUCGGAGUCGAACGUCAAAUUGGGUAAGAUCAUUAUCUUACCCAGUAGUUUCAAUGGCAGUCCGCGAUUUAUGAGACAAAACUAUCACGACGCAGUAGCUAUCAUGAUGAAAUUUGGACUACCUUCUUUGUUCAUUACUUUCACGUGCAACGUUGAAUGGCCGGAGAUCAAGGAAAAUUUAGGAAGUACAUUAUUAAAAGAGCAGGACAGACCAGAUUUGAUCGCCCGAAUUUUCAAUUUGAAGAAGAAAGCUUUUUUCGAUGACAUCCUAAAGAAUAAGAUUUUCGGUAAAGUUAUAGCUUAUGUAUACGUCAUAGAGUUUCAGAAACGUGGGCUACCACGUUUACAUUGUCUUUUAACUUUGGCGGAGAGUAAUAAACUGAAGGAUGCUGAUGAAGUAGAUAAGAUAAUAUGUGCGGAGCUGCCUCUAGAUAAUACUCAACUUCUUGAUAUUAUAACAGCAACAAUGAUUCACGGUCCUUGCGGUAAUCGUAAUGCCAAUGCGCCAUGCAUGGUAGACGGUAGUUGUUCGAAGGAUUAUCCAAAAGAAUUUUCAGAAACAACUGUCAUAGAUUGCCAUUGGCCAAAAUAUAGAAGGCGGAACGACGGUCGAACAGUAUUAUUGAAGAAACACAAUAUUUCUACACUUGUUGAUAAUAGGGAUGUCGUUCCUUACAACCCUUACCUGUCUUUGAAAUACGGUUGCCACAUCAACAUAGAGUUUGUUACAGACUUAACUAUGGUGAAAUCUAUCCUUAACUACAUGUAUAAAAGACCCGAUCCAGCAUUCCUAAAAAUCAAAAAUGAAUAUUUAUUCGAUGAAAUCAAAUCAUUCGUUGAUUCCCGCUACAUCUCCUCUGGAGAAGCAGCCUGGAGGUUGCUAGGCUUCAGCACUCAAGGUAAAAGUAAUUCAGUUCUGAGAUUGCCAAUUCAUCUUCCCGGAGAGCAGGCUGUACAAUUUAAGGAGGGCGAAGAGGAGACAGCGCUACAAAUCCAAGAAAAUAAGAUAUCCCAUUUAGAAGCUUUCUUUAAACUGAAUGCAAAAUAUCCAGACGCGCGGUGUUAUAAGUAUUCCCAGAUUCCCCUAUAUUAUUGCUUCGGUCCCAAAAAUAACUGUUGGUCGGAAAGGCGUAGAUUGAUCCCUGUCCUUACAAGGUUAUACACGGUAAGCCCGAAAUAUGUUGAAAAAUUUCAUCUACGUCUUCUAUUGUUGCACGUUGCCGGACCUACAUCGUACGAGGAUCUUCGCACUUUCGAAGGCAUAACAUACCCAUCAUUCCAAGAAGCAGCUCGUGCAAGGCAUCUGAUACCUUCAAACGAUGAAUGGCUGAAAACACUGACACAUGCAUCUCUGGUCGACAUGCCGAGUUGCAUGCGAAAGUUGUACGCUUAUUUGUUAUGCUACUGCGAGGUCGACGAUGCUUACGCUCUUUGGAAUUUCUUCAAAGAUUCCAUGUCGACAGAUCUUCGGAGGAUCGGCUAUUCUGAUAUACAGUCCGAGAACAUCGCCCUUCGUAGAAUCAAUACCGUAUUGCGUAACUUGGGUAAGACAUUGACUGAAUUUCAUCUGCCAUUACCCUCUCCAGAUGUGGAUGACAUCGACGACGAAAACCAGGAUUUAGAAAUUGGAAAUUUUGAUCCCAACAUGUUAAAUUCAGACCAACGUCAAAUUUUCGAUAAGGUUAUCCAGGCAGCUAUUUCUGAGGAUUCUGAAAGAUGUUUUUAUCUCCAAGGAAGUGCUGGAACAGGGAAAACUUACCUUUACAAUACACUUUUGAAUCACUGCACUGAACAUGGAAUUCCGGUUAUUGCCGUAGCCGUCACUGGGAUUGCGGCUUUGCAACUGAAAAACGGUAGAACUAUCCACACUACAUUCAAGUUGCCUUUGGAUUUAGAUUCUUUUUCCCAUUCGGGGAUACAAAGUCAAUCUCAGGAAGCAGACGACUUGAGAAAGCUCAAACUUAUAAUUUGGGAUGAGGUAUCGUCGACAAGUUAUCAUGUGUUGAACGCAGUGGAUCGCCUCUUACAAGACUUAUGCAGAGAUAGCCGUCCUUUUGGAGGUAAAUGUAUUCUUCUUGGUGGGGACAUUAAACAGUUACUACCGGUAGGAACAAAUAAAGAUCAGCAACUUGAACAGUUAUUUACAAACUGCACAUCUUGGACGCAUUUUCAUGUUUUAAAUUUAAGCGUGAAUAUGCGCACGGAUAAAGGCGUAGAAGAUUUCGCAGAUUGGUUGGAGAAACUAGGAAGCGGCACUAUCAAUAAAACCGACAUAUCCAAAGAUAUUGUUUGUCUGCCGGAUCGUUGUUUGACGGCGGACGUUGUCGAGGAAGUGUACUACCCAAUUGGUCACCUCACUGCUGAGCGGAUCGCCUCUCGGGCAAUACUUUGCCCUAAGGACGAGCAUUGCAAAAUGCUGAAUGACAAAAGCUUUCAGUAUAUGUCCGGAUCACUCAUCACUAUACUUAGCAGUGACAGCGUGGCAUCCGAAGACGAAGAUGAAAUAGCAAAUUUCCCUGUAGAAUAUCUCAACAGUUGUACACCUAGUGGGAUGCCUUUCCAUGAACUCCAUUUGAAAAUUGGCGUACCCGUAAUACUCCUACGAAAUUUAUCUUUGACCGAUGGAUUGGUUGAAGGUACUCGACUUUUAGUGGUAGCUGUUACCGAUGUUCUUUUAACGGCCAAAAUUAUAACGGGGCGUUUUGCAGGAAGAGUUGUUUUCAUUCCUAAAGUAGUUUUCAUUUCCACCGAUAAAAACAUACCGUUUAUACUUAAAAGAAGACAAUUUCCGGUACGAUUAGGCUUUGCCAUUACAAUUGAUAAAUCACAGGGGCAAACAUUUGACCAAAUUGGCAUUUACCUUGAGUCUGAAGUUUUUUCACAUGGUCAACUUUAUGUUGCAUUUUCGAGAGCUCGCAAUUGGGACGCGGUCAAAAUUGAGGUGCUUGAAACAGAACAUCAGGAUAAAUUUCCUAAAGAAUCUGGAGGUACUUUCACUAAGAACAUAGUUUUUAAAGACGUAUUAAAUUCAAUAAGAUGAAAUCACUAUUUUCCUAUUCGAAUCUAUACAAAAAAAGUCCUUCAUAAAGUACGAUAUUUUACAAUUCAAUAUUUGGUCCAGUGGCAUCUCUUUCAGUUUUCUGAACUAUCUACUCUCGAGCCAACAUCGAGAAACUUAUAAAAUGCAUUGUAUCCCACCCUCCUGAAAUGUUUUAAAAAGGUGAUCACCUCACUAAAGAAAAAAGAACCGAUUUAACAGGGUAAAAGCUAAUUUAUGUGAAAAUAGUAAUUGAAAACCGCAUCGUUUACUACUUUUUAGUCUUUCUUUUAUUUGCAAUAAUAGUUAUACUUGAAUAAUUUGUUUUCUGAACCACUAGAAUAGAGGUAUGUUGCAUAAAUUGAUCAUUUCUAUAUUUUUGAAGCCUAAUUCGAGAAAGAAAUGAUAAGUAAAUUUAAAUAUCAUAAUAAGAAGAGCUUUUAUUUUUUGUUUUCUGUAUGUAGUCUAUGUAUAUAUAUAUAUAUAUAUAACAUUUUCGUUUUAAUAUUUUUAUGUUUUAAGUGUUUUUGGAAUAAAUGAUUAUCUAUGUUA